AUGGAGGUCGGGGCGUCGCCCAUGUACCAUCCCUGCACCAACUGUCUCCAGAACAUCCCGCAAAUCAAGUUCUCCAGCCAUCUGCGUAUGUGCAAAGGUCCGUCCAAGCCGUCCGUGGGAGCGUCUCAGGAAAUCCAUCCCAAUGGUGGGCCAUCGUCGCGCCAGCUUCUAUUCUCACCCAACACGAGUCCAAAGCCCAUUCCGCCCAACUCCAAGACCGCCUCCAGCAACGACAUCCGAGCCUCACCACAUCCACCUCGCCCUGUCAAGAUCGGCUCUCUCUCGAUGAUGCCGCGACUCGAAAAUUCGGGUAAACAGCGGCCCUCUUCCCGUCCUCCGUCUUCCAAGGGGCCAAUGCCCUCAUCACUUGCCAAGGACAUCAAGGCGUCGCAGGGGGCCGAUGCAGGCCGGAGCGAUGAUGCGCCGCUGCCUGUGGGUCAGUAUACGAUUGUGGAGAGCGAGAUUGCCCAAGCAGAACAGGAUGCACAUCCCCGCAUCCCUUGCGAAUAUUGCGGACGCAAGUUCCACGAGGACAGACUGCUGGCGCACAUCAAAGCCUGCCAGUCGGCCAAGGGCGCCUCCAGAAGAGUGUUUGAUUCGAAAAAGGCCCGUUCAAAGGGAACCGAAAAUGAAAAGUAUACCCUUGAAAGUCUCGGCAAGGGCUCGUCCAAGCUGGGCUUGAGCGACAGGACCAAUCGCAGUAUUGGGGGCGACGGCUUGUCGACCACAGCGAAGCAGGCCAAAUCCAACUGGAAGAUCAAGCACGAAAACUUUAUCCGGAUGGUCAGGGCCGCACGAUCUCCGGCCGGUAGCGUUGGUGCCGUCUUUGUCCCGUCCGAACCUGACCCCGACUACAUCCAAUGUAGCAAGUGCGAGCGGCGAUUCAACGAGGAGGCGGCCAAGAGACACAUCCCGAUAUGCAAGGGGCAGAACAGCAUCAGUCGUACCAAGCCCUCCAACUCGGGCUCUGCAGUGACUUCUCGGUCAUCUUCUCAGGUGCUCAGUCCGCAGAAGGGCCGAUCGAUGGCGUCGCUCGGCAGCAGCGUCUCCGAUGCGAUCUCGUCGCAGAGCCAGUCACCAUCGUCCUCGGUCGCGACCAGCAAGGAAGAUUUGCUCAAGAAGCGCAUGGGAUUUCGACCGCCUGCUCUCAAGCGGCCCCAGCAGCAGCUUGCCCGGAGCCGAUAG